UUUCCCACAAUCAUCAUUAAAUUUGAGAGCUUCCCCCAAAUUCCUCUAAAUCUCGCUGCCCUCUCCGCCCUGUGUCUCUGUUCUUCUCCCCAAUCGGCUAUUCAAUAAUUCCGAUCCAAAUGAGCACCGGCGAGCUCCUCAGCAUCGAGCCUCUCGAGCUCAAGUUCCCCUUCGAAUUGAAGAAGCAGAUUUCUUGCUCGCUUCAGCUCUCGAAUAAGACCGAUAGCUAUGUCGCUUUCAAGGUCAAAACUACGAAUCCUAAGAAGUAUUGUGUUCGUCCGAACACGGGGAUUGUCUUGCCGCGAUCCACAUGUGAUGUUAUAGUUACAAUGCAGGCGCAAAAGGAAGCUCCUACAGACAUGCAGUGCAAGGACAAGUUUCUGCUUCAGAGUGUAAAGACCAACGAUGGUGCAACUCCAAAGGAUAUUACUCCAGAAGUGUUUAAUAAAGAGGCAGGACAUGCGGUUGAAGAGUGCAAAUUGAGGGUGGUAUAUGUUGCUCCACCUCAACCCCCUUCUCCAGUGCCAGAAGGGUCAGAGGAAGGGUCUUCACCAAGAGCUAAUGCCGGGGAGAAUGGAAAUCUUAAUGGUGCUGAGUUUUCCAAUGCUACAAAAGGAUUUUCGGAGCAGUUUGAAUAUCCGCAGAGAUCUGCAGAGGAAAGAGCACUUAUUGUGAAAUUAUCAGAGGAAAAGUCAAAUGCACUUCAAACAAAUAAGAGGCUUCGUCAGGAGCUGGAACUCUUGAGGAAUCAAGGGAGCAAAAGCAGUGGCGGUGUUUCAAUCAUUGUUGUCAUCAUUAUUGGUCUGAUUGGAUUGCUUUUGGGUUAUCUCAUGAAGAACUCAUAAGCAGAGUCUAUCACAGAUCUUUGUCAAGCCAUUUCCUUCUCAGUCAAUGAAGAAUGAUGGUGGAAGGACUAAAAACGAACGAUGAGAGGUGCUUCAUCUUUAGUUAGCUUUGCCAAAGUUUUCAAACUUGUUUAGGUGGGGUCAUGAGUCUGUAGGUGCUGAAAUACUAGAUUAGCUGUGUCGGACUCAUUUGGUAAAACUCAUUCUUUUUGUAACUUAAAAAGUGGAUGAUUUUUACUUGCUUAUUUUGUGGGUUUUCUGCUCGACUGUGUCUGACAAUAAUUUUAUACAUCUCAAUGUGAUGUGGAACAUGUCUUCAGUUA